AUGGCGCCCUUUCAAAUGCGCAACACAGUCGAGCGACUAGACCGACCCUCCUCCUACGCCAUGAGCAAGUACAAAAAACGCCGCCGCCCCAACAACGACCAACCCAACACCCGCGCUCCCUCCCCCGACCUCGAAGAGAAACUCUCCACAGCGACAACCCUCUACAUCGGCAACCUCUCCUUCUACACCACCGAAGAGCAAAUCCACCACCUCUUCAGCAAAUGCGGCGAGCUCAAACGCCUCGUAAUGGGUCUCGACCGCUUCACCAAAACACCCUGUGGGUUUUGCUUCGUGGAGUACUACACUCACUCUGAUGCGCUAGAUUGUCUGAAGUAUGUCGGAGGCACGAAGUUGGAUGAGAGGAUUAUCCGGUGUGAUUUGGAUGAGGGUUUUAGUGAGGGCAGACAGUAUGGGAGGGGAAAGUCGGGCGGGCAGGUGAGGGAUGAGUAUCGGGAGGAGUUUGAUCCGGGAAGGGGUGGGUUUGGGAAGAAUGUUAGGGAGCAGGAGGCUUAUGGAGCAGAGUAUGCGCAAGGUCAGUGA